AUGGAGGAAGGUAUGGAAUUUUUGGACAAUGUGAUUGAAGACACCAUCAAUGUCUACCAAGGUCAAAUCUCGAUCAAUAUGGAUAUGGCGAGUGCCAAGGAUAUUGACGAUGGUCAAACGGUCACGGGGAUGCUGGAUGAAAUGCACGAACGUGAACAACAACUGGAGGAUGCCUUUGUGGGAAUCAAAGCUUGUGACAACGUUAGCAUUGGUUGA